AUGCACGUCCUGAUUGUAAUCUCCCAUCCAAAUGAGAAAUCACUCACCCACUCCCUCGCCCAGAGAGUCACUGAUGGGGCUGAAAGCAAAGGCCACACUGUCGAGCUACUUGAUCUCUACAAAGACGGCUUCAAUCCAAUUUUCUCGACACGUGAUUUUGAGCAAUUUGAAGGCGUUCCUAUGACGGAGGAUGUGUUACGACAUCAGAGGCUAGUCGAGAAGGCAGAUGCCAUCUUCUUGAUCUUUCCAGUAUGGUGGUAUGGUCUACCGGCGAUGAUCAAGGGGUGGCUUGACCGUGUCUUCUCAGCAGGGUGGGCAUACAAAGUAGAAGUCGACCCUGAAGGGACACUAUUGGCCCAUCGUCCUUGCACCAUUUUGGCACCAGCAGGGGCCUCUGCGAACCAAUUGAACCGCUGGGGAUACGACAAGCAAAUUCAGCAUCUGUGGAGGUACGGAGUAUUCGGAUACUGCGGGUUCGAACCACUCAGGAUCACCAUUCUGGAGGAUUCUGAAUGGGCGGAGAGAGGAAAAGUAAUUGGGCACCUGGAAACGGCAUUUAAAGCAGGUCAAUUGAUUGGUGAAGAUCCAGAAGCUCUGCCUGGCAUCAAACGCUAUCUCGACUAUGGGCUUGACAUUCGAGGUGAGAAAUAUACAGGGAAUGGGACUCCGAGCCAGGCACAGUGA